AUGAUGAAAGGCCUUAAAGGAGUACUUUCUAGAAAUAAAGCACACAAAGACAAUAAUAACAACAAGUCCGCCAAACAUUCACCUUUAACGAAAUCUCGUUCCUCGGCCACAACGAAUAAUUCCCAAUCGAAAACAACAUCACUAGGUGCAACUGCUAAUGCAGCAACAGCGGAUCAUAAACAACAAGGCGUAAUUACACGUAAUAUGAAUAGUAUGGCUGGAGGUGCACGGUCAUUGGAAGUAACAAACAAGAUUUUGAAAGAUACACCUAAAGAUACCAUACCAUCUGUGCGAAGUAGUCCCAGGCGUCAGAAAUCUUCUAGGAUAUAUAUGACAAGGAAUAGAGCACAAUUAGAAAAAACGCCUCCUUUUAAUGUUGUAUUUGAUUUCAACGACCCGUCAGCCGACUUACGAAAUAAAGAAAUUAAGAGACAGGAAUUGCAAGAAAUGCUCGAAUAUGUAGCAACAGUAAGAGGAGCCGUUACGGAUGUGAUAUACCCCGAUGUGAUUAGAAUGUUUUCAGUGAAUACAUUUCGUACUAUCUCGCCUCAAGCAGUCUCGAACAGUGAAGGAUAUGAUUUAGACGACGAAGAGCCUGCAUUAGAGACAGCAUGGCCUCACCUUCAAUUGGUGUAUGAAUUUUUCUUAAGAUUUGUCGAGUCACCAGAAUUCAAUCCACAAAUUGCCCGGAAAUACAUUGAUCAGAAAUUUAUUUUGCAGCUUUUAGAAUUGUUCAAUACGGAAGAUCCACGUGAGAGAGAUUUUCUCAAAACCAUAUUGCAUCGAAUCUAUGGGAAAUUCUUAAAUCUCCGUGCGUUUAUACGUCGAUCUAUCAACAAUAUCUUUUUCCAAUUCAUAUACGAAACAGAGCAGUUUAAUGGUGUAGCUGAAUUAUUAGAAAUUCUAGGAAGUAUCAUCAAUGGAUUUGCUUUGCCUUUGAAAAAUGAGCACAAGACUUUUCUAUUCAAAGUCCUCAUACCUCUUCAUAAACCAGUAUCUUUACCAAAUUACAGCCCUCAGCUAACAUAUUGUGUGGUGCAAUUUUUGGAAAAAGAUCCUGACCUUGUUCCGGGAGUGGUUCAAGGCCUAAUGCGAUACUGGCCUAAAGUGAACAGCGUGAAAGAGGUUAUAUUUUUGACAGAGUUCGAGGAAAUAUUAGAUGUAGCAGAAACAGCAGAUUUUGAAGUCGUUAUGAUCCCCUUCUUUCAGAGGUUGGCUAAAUGUGUUUCCAGUCCUCAUUUUCAGGUUGCGGAGCGGGCUCUGUAUUUCUAUACUUAUGAAGAUGUCAUUCAAAUUAUAAAUGAUAAUAUUGAGGUGAUCAUGCCGAUCAUAUUCCCCUCUCUGUACAAACAUUCAAAAGAACAUUGGAAUAAGACUAUUAGUGGACUGGUGUAUAAUACUUUACAGCUAUUAAUGAAGCUAGAUGAAUCUCUAUUUGAAGAACAAGUGGCGAAAUAUAAUGAAGCUGAAACACAGUAA